UGAUUUUUGCUCACAAUAAAAUAAAAUAAAAAGAAAAAAAAACAAAAAAAAAACAAAAAAAGAAAAAGAAAAAAGAAUCUAUAAAUAUACUGUUCAAUUUUUUUUAUUUUUUUUUUAUUAAUAUCCCAACGGUCGUGGGGAAGAAAAUAUUCUGAUUUUGUAAUGUCACGUUUGGUGUAUGUAAUAUUUUUGCUUGUAGUGGUAGAAGGUAGCAGGAACACUUUAGAACGAAAUACUGAAACCAACGCAACAGAAGCCAAAGUAGAAGGUAAAGGUACAAUAAAACUACCGCCGAAUGUUACCAUUCCUGGUAUCAUAACAUUUGGAGAUUCAAUAGUUGACAGUGGAAACAAUAACCACCUUCGUACAGCAUUAAAAUGUAACUUUCCUCCUUACGGUAAAGAUUUUCCUGGCAAAAUUGCUACUGGAAGAUUUUCUGAUGGAAGGGUUCCAUCUGAUAUUGUCGCUGAAAGACUAGGAAUAGCAGAAACAAUACCAGCAUAUUUAAAUCCAAAGCUCAAAAAUGAAGAUCUUCUCAAGGGUGUGAAUUUUGCUUCAGGUGGUUCUGGUUACGAUCCGUUAACAGCAAAACUAGUGAAAGUGGUAUCGUUAUCAGAUCAACUAAAAAAUUUCCAAGAAUAUAAAAAUAAAUUAAAGGUGAUUGUUGGCGAAGAGAAAGCUAAUUUCUUGGUGAAAAAUAGUCUUUAUCUUGUGGUAGCCAGCAGUAAUGAUAUUGCUCAUACCUAUACGGCACGCUCCAUCAAAUAUAACAAAACUUCAUAUGCUGAUUAUUUGGCUGAUUCUGCUUCUAAAUUUGUCAGUGCAUUGUAUGGACUUGGAGCUCGAAGAAUCGGAGUAUUUAGUGCAGUACCGGUUGGAUGUGUACCAGCAGCUAGAACACUUCGUGGAAAAUUGAAGCGAAGAUGCUCAGAAAAACUUAACGAAGUGGCUCGCAACUUUAACGCGAAGAUAUCUCCAACAUUGGAAGCUUUAGGAAAAGAGUUGCCAGAUAGCAGAGUUGUGUUAAUUGACGUGUGUGACACUCUUAAUGACAUGAUAGAAAACCCUAAAAACUACGGAUUUGAAGUAUCAAACAGAGGAUGCUGUGGAACCGGAUUAGUCGAAGUACUAUUUUUAUGCAACAAAAUCAAUCCUUUUACAUGCAAAAAUUCAUCUUCGUAUAUUUUUUGGGAUAGUUACCAUCCAACAGAAAAAGCUUACCAAAUAAUAGUUGAUAAGUUGUUAGGAAAUUACAUUACGAAACUAGUCUAAUUCUAUAUUUUUAUAAUAUACUAAGUAAUAUUUUUUCCUAUGUAAAAACGUAAAAAAAAAAAAUAUUUUUUCAAUAAUAAGAAAUAGUAUUUAAAUGUUCAUUUAGAUUAAAUAGAUUCAAUAUAGUUUGUUAAAAAUGAUUUAUCAAUUAAAAAAACAGGUUAUAUUGGAUUAGACUAGUUUCGUAAUGGCUAAAAAAAAGAAUAAAACAUACGUACGAGAACAAGACGAAGAAAUAGAAGGCAUCCACUACACAAUUGUACAUGUCGACAACAAAGUCAACGACAUACCGUUUGAGACACCGUGGCUUUCGCUUUUCUCUCAAAAAAAAAAAAUCAAUCAUGUUUUUUUGGUUUUUAUGUUUCGACAGUAUUUGGUAGGUUGUUUUAAUAUUAUUAAAAACAUACUUAUUAUUUGUGUGAAUAUGUUUAAAAGCAAACUUGGUUGUUUGGAAUUGUAAUAUCAAAUGUCAAGAUCCAUCAACUUUCAUAAAAAUUCGUUAAUUUGUACGUGA